AUGGCUGCACCGAGCUUGGAUCAGCUAGUCAAGGGCUCUCCAGCCCCCAGCAAUCGUCUACGUUCGUUGUCAGCCCCGUCUGCAGAGCCAUUGAAGUCUAGCUCCUCUUCGUACCCAUCAACAGCAUCGGUUUCAUCGACACCUUCGUCUACAACCGCCAACGAUCCUCUUUCAGCACUGCCUUCUUCCCCCCCGCAAAUCUAUUUGAACCUGCUCAUUCUCGAGAGCUCACUCAGAGCUCAGUAUCUGGCGUUACGGGAACGCCGGCGACAGAACACAUUCUUCCUGCUCUUGCUCGCAGCAUGGAUUACAUACUUUGGCUACGCGCUGUUCCUGCGUCCGCGUGAGGACGGACGUGGAGUUGGAGGAUCGGUAUACUGGAUGGUCGAGAUGUGGGAACGGGUCGCGCUCCUUGGAGGUGUGGUAACAGCACUCCUGGUUUGGGGCACUGGACAAUGGGAACGUGGAAUCCGGUGGCCUCGGCGCUGGCUUGCCGUCGCAAAUCGUGGUCUACGGACCAUGAACACCAAGAUAGUGGUGAUUCGAGGCCCUUGGUGGCAGGAAUUGCUUUCGUAUCUCUCGUUUCUCUUCCCGUUCUCCACGCCCUUCUUCACCUCUGCAGUAGGUGAUUUCCACUACCUCGACCGGCCGGUAUCCGAAAAGCGCGGUGGCCGCUCUCUCCAAAAUUACUACAAUAUUGACCCGGAGUCCGGGCUUGUGGAAGAAGAUCUCAGUCCGGGAGGAGACCAUAUCCGACUUCUGUUGCUGCCGAAGCUAUUCUCCCCCGAAUUCCGAGGUAACUGGGAUGACUAUCGCACCGACUUUUGGGAUAAAGAAAAUGAACGACGUGCUCAGUUGCGCGAGAAAUUGCGACAAAGAGAGCGCCAGAUAGCCCGGCAGGAGGGAUCAUGGUUUUGGUGGAUUGGACUUGGCAGGAAUGCGUCGCGACGUCGUCGGCUCGCCGCCGCCACACUACAUAGGUCCAUUGAAAACGAUAAAGGCCACCGUCAUGCCCAUCAUUCGCACCCGAGCAUUUCCAAGUUAGCCCAUGAAUCGAAAUCACCCCUUCGACGCUCGACGCGUUCCGACUCACAUUCUCGUACACCCUCACGCAGCACCACCCCAAUAGACACGGAUGACCGGCCGCCGUCCAGAUCAUCUGGCUCUGGCCGUCCCCGACGAGGUAGCCUCACACCAUCUACGCCGGGCUCGAGCAUCGAACAGUCCCCACGUCGAAAAAGGACCGGAUCGAAGACACUGAACCGUGGCUUGUCUCCUUUGACGCAAGCACAGAUUCGGGAGGGCGUAUACCCGCCGUCUAUUGCGUCAGACGACUCAGCCUCAACGCUGGGACUGGCUGUAAACAAGGAGAAGAAAGAAGACGAUAUCUGA